AUGUCGGACCCUCAAAUCUACACGGUCGGCUGGGUAUGCGCUAUAGCUACCGAGUUCACUGCCGCGCAGGCUCUGCUAGAUGAAGAAUAUGACGACCCUCCUCCAGCCGCCGAGCGAGAUAACAACAGUUAUGCCCUUGGUAGAAUGGGGAAACAUCAUGUAGUGAUUACAGUCUUGCCAAACGGGGAGUAUGGCAAAGGCGCCGCCGCAGCAGCAGCCCGGGACAUGCUACGUAGCUUCCCGAAUAUCCGCAUUGGAUUGAUGGUCGGCAUCGGAGGCGGUGCGCCCAGCCCGAAACAUGAUGUGCGACUGGGCGACAUUGUGGUCAGUAGUCGUGACGGAGGGAAGGGCGGUGUUUUCGGCUACGACUUUGGCAAAACCAUUCAAAAUCAGAAGCAGGGAAUUUCAUUUCAACAUACUGAUUUCCUAGAUCAGCCACCGACAGUAUUACGGACGGCUGUCAGUUCGCUUAGGAGUCGUUAUGAAAGAAGAGGACACCGACUUGGUGCCGAUGUUAAAGAGGCGUUGGAAAGAUGGCCUCGUCUACAGAAAGGAUAUUCGCACCCUCCUCUCGAUAGCGAUAAACUCUAUCGCUCUGAUAUCAUUCAUCCAAACUCACCAGACGAUUGUAGUCGUGUGUGUAGCAACGACUUGAGCGUGCUAGUAGGUCGAGUCCCCCGGGGCGAACACGACGAUGACCCCGCCGUACACUAUGGACUCAUUGCCAGUGGAGACCAAGUCAUGAAGAAUGCAACUCUCCGUGAUAAAUUGGCAACUGAAAAUGGCGUCCUUUGCUUCGAGAUGGAGGCUGCUGGCCUAAUGAACCAUUUCCCAUGUAUGGUGAUUCGAGGAAUAUGCGACUAUUCUGAUUCACAUAAGAACAAGGCGUGGCAGGGCUUUGCUGCGAUGACGGCGGCGGCAUAUGCGAAAGACCUUUUGCGGCAAAUUCAGCCUAACAAGGUCGAUGAAGAAAGACGACUCAGUGAAAUUGUUAAUAGCGUCCAACAAGGCCUCGGAGCCAUCCAGCGGACAGCUGAUGAAACUAAAUGUGCAGUCCUAUCCUUGCGCGACAACAACUACCUUACUGAGCUUGAGCGCUGGCUUCGCCCGCCCGACACAUCAACCAAUUUCAAUUCAGCCAGAAAGAAAUGGCACCAAGGGUCUGGGUCUUGGUUCCUUGACAGUCUUGCCUAUCAAGACUGGAAGCAUGGAGUGCGCCGCCAUCUGUGGCUUUAUGGCUUGGCCGGAUGUGGCAAGACUGUCCUCAGUUCAACGAUUGUAGCUAAUCUCCGGAGCACGAAAGACUACAUUACCCUUGAGUUCUACUUCGAUUUCAACGAUGUCGAGAAGCAGAAACUUGACAGCCUCUUACGGUCUCUCAUCUUUCAACUCUACUCACAAAACUACAACCCGCAAACCCUUCAUGCUUUGUUUACAUCUUUUAAUGGAGGUAAGAGACAGGCUGACACCAAAUCCUUAGCAGCUUGCCUCAGUAAAAUGCUAAAUAAUUUGAAAAACACUUAUAUUAUCCUUGACGCACUAGACGAGUGUACGGAGAGGAAUGAGCUGCUUGAAUGGAUAAAGGAGUUCGUUCUGACUCAUAACCUAAGGUGUGUUUACUUGAUUGCUACUAGCCGAACAGAAGAUGUGUUUCUUAGGCGUCUUCCUAUCGUUAUUGGCAAGGAAUGUUGUCUCUCGCUCGACAAAACAGCUAUAGACUUGGACAUACGUUCCUACGUCAUGGCAAAGCUUGAGCAUAGUCACGAUUUCGUGGAUAAACACUUAUCUCCCGAGCUCCUCGACCGGAUCAUCUGCAAAGUCGGAGGCGGGGCCGAUGGAAUGUUCAGAUGGGCAUCAUGUCAAUUGGAUAGUCUUGCCGCGUGUAGAAGCCCCCAGGACAUAGAGACAACGCUCGAGUCUCUACCAACCGAUCUCAAUGAAACGUAUCAGCGUAUGAUCUACCGCAUACCCUCGAAAGUCAGGAAGAAAGCCAUACGUCUGCUGCAGUUCAUGGUUCAUGUUCGACAACCCCUGACAUUGCUAGAGGCAAAAGAUGUGAUAGCCACACAGUUUGACGAAGAUCCGCGGGGUUUCAACAUAAAAGGGCGGCCGUUCGAGGGAAUCGACGUUCUGUACUACUGCCCUGGCUUGGUUUCGAUUGCAACAGGCCUGCGACAACAAAGUAUUGUCAAAGAAAAGCCCGAAAUGGAGUUUCUUGUUCUUGCUCAUUUCUCAGUAAAGGAGUAUCUACUGUCGGGAGAUGAUUUCAACCUCACAAGGGCGAGCGUUAUUAUAGCCCGCACCUGUUUGACCUAUUUAACAGACAUCUGUGGUGACUUUCUACAUCUGAAACAACACUUCCCACUGGCGAUACGGGCUGCAGAAAUCUGGAUGUUUUAUGCAGGUUUGGCUGAACACUCUGGCGAGACCACUCAACAGGCAGUCGAUUUUCUUGAAGAUGGGAGACGCUUGAAACAAUGGAGUGACAUCUAUCAACCCGAUGACGAUUUUUGGCACCCAGACAGGGGGCCCUCUGAAUCUUCUAAAGCAUCUGGCCUCUACUAUGCUUGUGUAGCUGGAUUAAAAGAAGUGACAAGAAGUCUCGUAGCCCGUGGAGCUGCAAUUCACACACAAAAAAAUGGCUACUAUGGCAGUCCUAUACAAGCCGCCGUGGUUGGAGGCUGCAAAGAGAUUGUAGAACUUCUGCUAGACAAGGGAGCUAGGGCUGAUAUGCGAGGUAGUGAUGGCAAGAGCUCGCUCCACGUUGCCUCCUGUGGAGGUCAUCAAAGAAUCGUUCAAAUUCUGCUAGACAAGGGGGCGGAGAUCAAUAGAAUUUGCCUUACGAGUGGUACAGCCCUCCGAGCUGCCUCGGAACAAGGCCAUCAGGGGGUCGUGCAAAUUUUAUUGAAUCAGGGAGCUGAGGUUAACAAUGAGGGCGGUAUUCAUGAUUCUCCUCUCAUAGUUGCAUCUACUAAAGGUCAUCGGGAGAUUGUACAACUCUUAUUAGAAAAGGGGGCAGAUAUCAACGCGCGAGGCCUUUCAUAUUCUUGUGCUACACAUGCCGCUGCAUUUUGGGGCCAUGCAGAGAUCAUACGGCUCUAUAUAUCCCAGGGGGCCAUUAUUAACGUCAGAGGGGGCAUGUACGGUGAUACUCCUCUUAUGGCUGCCUCCGCUAGAGGCAGCCUAGAGGUUGUAAAACUGCUUCUAGACCAAAAGGCUAAUGUCAACAUUCGAGGGAUUAAAGGUAACACCCCUCUAACAAAUGCCUUAGAUGGAGGCAACUGGGAGAUUGCUAAGCUCCUGCUACAAAAAGGAGCAGCUGUCAACGUUAGAGGGGGUAUGUAUGGCGAUACUCCUCUUAUGGCUGCCUCCGCUGGCGGUAAUCUAGAGGUUGUAAAACUUCUCCUAGGCUACAAGGCUGAUGUCAACAUUGGAGGGAUUAACGGCAACACUCCUCUUACAAGUGCCUUGGAUAAAGGCAACUGGGAGAUUGCUAAGCUCCUGCUACAAAAAGGAGCAGCUGUCAACGUUAGAGGGGGUAUGUAUGGCGAUACUCCUCUUAUAGCCGCCUCCGCUGGCGGUAAUCUAGAGGUUGUAAAACUUCUCCUAGGCUAUAAGCCUAAUAUUAACAUAGGAGGUGUUGACGGUAAUACCCCUCUUACAAUUGCCCUAGAUAGAGGCAACGGGGAUCUCAUAAACCUCCUGCUAGAAAAUGGGGCUGAUGUAAACAUGCGAGGGGGGCUAUAUCACCGUACGCCUCUUGAAACUGCUUCAUUGAAAGGCUAUCAGAAUGUUGUAAGGCUCCUACUUGAAAAGGGGGCUGAUUUAAAUGGGCAAGGUUGGAGAAAUGGUUCUGCCCUUAUAGCUGCCUCAGCCGGAGGUAAACUUCAAACCGUGCAGCUGCUGCUAGAAGAAAGGGCCAAGGUCCGAAUGAGUGUUACCGAGCACUUUUAUGCUGUUCUAAAUGCUGAAAAUGGAGGAUAUCAAGAGAUUAUAGAUCUGCUUGUGGAUAAUAAGGCUUCUUUGACUGGAGGUUGUCAUAAGGUCGCAAACAGUUAA